AUGACUCUUUUCAACCCUCCCGUUAUGAGAUCUGACUCGGCAGGUGAAGGUCUCGAAGGCUUUUACACAUCGGAUAUCUUGUCUGCGCACCCGCCAUCAAGGCUUCGCCAAGGAAUACCACAACGCAGAGGCAGAGCCGCCAUCUACACAACCACAUGGCAAGAUCCGGACCAGCCGCCGCUGCUACCCCACGAAUGCCUGUUCAUUACCACCCAGUACCGCCCGACUGGUUAUACGCACAUGAACAAGUACGGACACGGACAAACGCCACAAACAGCGCAGCUCCCUGGCGCAGCCCGCAACUGA